CGGUCGGGCAGAGGCGCGCCCCUCCGACGGCGCGGAACACACGGCUCUGGAGCGCGGCUCCUGGGGGACCAUGGAGAGCCCCGUGAGAGUGAAGGCUUGGGUGCAGGAGAACCGCGCCUCCUUCCUGCCCCCGGUCUGCAACCAGCUCCUGCACCAGAAGCAGCUCAAAAUCAUGUUCGUUGGGGGUCCCAACACCAGGAAGGACUACCACAUCGAGGAGGGUGAGGAGGUGUUUUACCAGCUGGAAGGCGACAUGCUUCUCCAAGUCCUGGAGCAAGGGAAACACCGGGAUGUGGUCAUUCGGCAGGGAGAGAUCUUCCUCCUGCCCGCUGGGGUCCCCCACUCUCCGCAGAGGUUUGCCAACACAGUGGGGCUGGUGAUUGAGCGGAGGCGGCUGAAAACAGAGCUAGAUGCGCUCAGGUACUACAUAGGCGACACCACUGACGUCCUGUUUGAGAAGUGGUUCUACUGCGAGGAUCUCGGCACACAGUUGGCCCCCAUCAUCCAGGAGUUCCUUAGCUCUGAGCAGCACAGAACAGGAAAACCCAACCCUGACCAGCUGCUCAAGGAACCGCCAUUCCCCCUGAGCACACGGUCCGUCAUGGAGCCCAUGUCGCUGGAGGCCUGGCUGGCUGGCCACCGCAAGGAGCUGCACGCUGGCAUACCCCUCAGCCUGUUUGGGGACACCUAUGAGACCCAGGUGAUGGUCUGUGGACAAGGCAGCAGCGAAGGCCCAAGACAGGACGUGGACGUGUGGCUGUGGCAGUUGGAGGGCUCCUCGGUGGUGACGAUGGAAGGACAGCGCCUGAGCCUGACCCCCGAUGACAGCCUCCUGGUGCCAGCUGGGACCGCGUAUAGCUGGGAACGAGGGCAAGGCUCCACGGCCCUGUCUGUGACUCAGGACCCUGCCCGCAAGAAGCCCCUGGGGUGACUGAUCCUCAUGCUGCGGGCCCAGAGCCGCCACAGGGUGCCCCCGAGCGCCACCCCUGCCGAGUAACUCUCCCAGCCCCACCGCUUCUAUGUGCACUGCUGCCGAGUGACUCAGCGUCUCCCGGGCUGGGUCCUGGACAUCACUGUCAUCCAUCCUCCUCCUGUCCUCUCCAGGAUGCCAGGUUCCCGGGGGCCGUAGCUCCCCUUCACCCCUAACAGCUUCAGCCCACUGCCCUGCAGGGUUCUGCCGGGCGGACUGCUCCCUGAGGCCAGGGUCCUCUCCAUCCCUCCGUCCACAGGCUCAGCGCAGCACUUGCCUGCUGCCAAGGUGGUCCUCAGUAAAGGCUUCCUGACAGACGGGCACCUACGGGUCUGCACACA